AUGUAUUCCUGCGCAAACUAUCCCCGCGGAUGCCGAGGCCGUGUCAACCGACAAGGAGCGAAGUGCUCUGACUGCGUUUCUCUAAACUUGCGCCGUCCAGCUUUCGCGUCGCCAUUCGCCCAACCACGCGAUUACAAGCGAGCGCUGCCUUCAGAGCUCUUCGGCGAGCUUUCAUCCAAGGCAUCCGAGCCUGAGCUGUAA